AUGCCUCCUUCCGCCAACAGGAGGAACGGGUCUCGAUUCUAUACACAGCAGGUUCCGAUGCCGAAGCACGAGAAGUUCCCCAGCCAGCAUUGUCAACUAGCCUCAGGAAAUGGUCGACUUCCCAGUACACCAGCGAGCGAAUCAGGUUGGCAGUUUGCACAAUUGGGCAGAAACUCACGGACGCCAGCCCUUCAAGAAGCCACACAUCUAGAAGUAAUUCAGUAUGCGGGGGGAACCAGCCCUGAGUCGAAGCAAUCGAGAUCGGAGAACCCCAACGAGCGCCACCGGUUGGCUGCAGCCGCAAUCAGGCACUUACUCAGGGAUGCCAAACCCUCUAGGAAGCCACACAUCCAGAAGCAACUCGCCAUACGCUUCGCCUGCAGGCUUCGACUGCGAGGUUUGGUAAUGCCUUCCCUCGUGAUGAACGGGACGCAAAGCGGCGCGACUCGCUUAGCCGUCGAUAUCUGGCAGAAUCUGACGUACCGAAGGCAGCCCGCGCUUGAUCGAAACCCUGGACGGCCGGUGCGGGAACCCCGGCCGUCCGGCUAUUCUCCGGAAACGGCAGGCAGGCUUCGGGACAUGAGAAGGAACCCAAACGUCGCCGACAACGCCGGUGGUGCAAGGUAUAGUGGUUGCGGAGGACGUCGUGAUAGCGGAAGGCGCGUUGGUGAAGGACCUGGCGACAUUAGUUGGUCCGGGAAGGGUGGAGCAUGCGAUGCUGGAAAGCAUGGCGGGGAAGGGAGUGGUCACGGCUGGCAUGGGGUGGACGGGAGAUGUGGCAGCGGUGCAGGACUCGGUGGUAUUGGCGGAUACGGCGGUGAUGGAGGGUACGAUACUGGAGGCCAUGGCUUGCAUGGGCCCGACCAAAACUUUGGCGGUGGUGGAGGACACGGAAUCGGUCGACCCAGUUUCGAUCCGGACCAGUCCGCCCAUCACCAGGCUCCGCUAGCCCACCAUAAUCGAGCACAAGCGACAGCAACACCGCAGCAGCCGGUGUUUUACUACCAGGAAACAAAUUCGCCUACCAUUAACAUCGGUCCGCAAGUCCAAUAUGCGCCACAAUGCACCGACUCGUUAAGUUUUCAGCCUGACUUCAGCGACAGUCAUCAACAUAUGCCUCAGAGCAUAUUAUCAAUGCACGAUUCUGCGCCAAGAUACUGA